GCGAAAAACAGGACUAAUUUAACAUCGUUUAUUUGAGUAAAAUGUUUCUUGACUUUACUGCAAAGUUCAGAUUUAGACAGUGCAGCCGGUCGGUAACUUUUCCCUGUGCUACUGAGCUAGGGGCUUAAACAUUUACAAACGUCUGAUGGGAAGCUACAUAAAGUUACCUAGCUAGCCGAUAUGCUAGUUGCUUGAAGCCAAUGCUGCCUUCAUGAAGUAUUGGAAGUGAUGCUUUCAUGGGUGACACUGAGCUCAAAGGUAUUUUUGUUGAAGUCGGAAAUAGUAAUUUGGCAAAAUAUACUUUAAAAAAAAUGUUUUUCCUUUGACCGCAUAACUUUAAAUCACUUCUAUGAAAGUGAGCAUAACCAUUUAUAUGAAUAAAUACCGCAAAAUUGAUCAUAACAUUGCAAUAUAUGCUAUCACCAGGGGUGGUUUUUAGAGCAUAAUCUGUAAUAAAAAGAUGAACGAAAAUAUAUGCGACUGACUGUAUCACUGGAGUUUGUGACUAGGCAUUUACUAGGAGUACUUGAAGGCAGCAGGUCCCUCAAAGUGAGCUAGCAUUAGCAGCAGUAGCUGCAGUUAGCCGGUAGGAGAGCACUGCAGCAUCAGCAUCAUCCACACACCAUGACAUGAGACAGGCACCGACUCCUACUGCACUGUACGAGACAACGGGGAAGAAAAUCCCUCUCCAAGAUAAAGAUGAGACGCUUCUCCUCGGAUAACAACAACUUUCCUUAUGACAACAACGUCCUGGUUUUGGACAUGGUGCUGGGCUCUCUGUGGGGGGUGCCCCAGCCCAUAAACUGGGACAAUGUUGCCAAGCUGGUUCCAGGAUUCACUUCCAAGGAGUGUGCCUGUCGCUUUGAGGAGCUGAAGACCACCGGGGGGUUUCCUCACGUGGACAACCAGUGUAAUGCCCUGACAGAAGGAAGCACCUCCCCUUCAGACGGCCCCCCCACGCUGCUGGAGGCUGGGGAGGUGGUGGAGACAGGAAGCAGCCAGAGCAGCAGCAAAGUGACAGGCUCAAAAUCAGCGGCCACAGGAAGGGUUGGUGCCAUGGAGAAGAAAGAAAGACGAGUCUCAGCAGAGGAGGAAGACAAGCCUCAGAAACCACGAGACCCCAACAUGGUGAUCCAUGUGUGUGAUGAGACCAAGAACCUGAAACAGGACUUCACAUGCCCCAGAGAUCUUCUAGUCAAAGAGAUGCGUUACUUUGCUGAGUAUUUGUCUGUGGACGCCCAGAGGUGGGAGGAGGUGGACAUCUCGGUCCACUGUGACGUGCAGAUCUUCGACUGGCUCAUGAACUACGUCAGGAGGAACUCUGCGGGAGAGGGGAACCGGGACAAACCCCGCCUCGAGCCCAGCAAUGUGAUCUCAAUCCUGAUCUCCUCCGAGUUCUUGAAGAUGGAUACGUUAGUGGAGGAGUGCAUCCAGUACUGCCACAAACACAUGAGCUCCAUCGUGGCUACGCCCUGCAACAUGAACUGCAUCAACAGCAACCUGGCAACCCGCAUCGCAGAGCUCUUCAACCACAACGAGGCCGACGACAUCCGGGACAAAAAAGACAAGUUCAAAAGUAAAUUGUUUCAGAAGAAAAUUGAGCGUCUCUUCGAUCCCAACUGCCAGAACAGAGACUCCCCUGGAAACGCCUCGACCCUGUACCGGUGUGGUCUCUGCCUGAAGACGCUGACCAAAGACACAGAGAGGAACAUUUCUUGUGUUCCUGGGAAAAUCAACAUUGAUUCUCGAGGAGAGAUCAUCUAUUCACACACUAAACAGAAGAGCUGGGAUGUGCAUGAAUACAUCAGUGUCCUGUAUGAGGAGCUCAAGUCCUGGGUCCUGGUAUACUGGAGGAUCUGGGGAACCAUCAACUACCUGCCCUGCUCCCGGUGCCAACAGGUGUUUGUGUGUGCAGACCUGACCCAAUGCAAGUACCACCCGGACACUGUGCUGUACCCUGGGAUGGCCACUGAGAAAGGGUGGCAUGGUGCAGGAAUCUACCCCUGCUGCAACCAGAGGGUGCUCCGCUUCGACCCCUCGGGUAUGCCAAAGGGCUGUAAGAUGCGGGACCACAUCGUGAACGUCCCUGAUGAAGAGGACUGUGACGAGGCGACCUUCGCUCAGACCCGAGUCCUGAACGACCUGCUGCUGCACCGAGACGCCGUGUGUGUGUGCAGCACCCCCACUCCAGAGGGUCCUGAGGAGAGUCCCUCCGGUACAGAGAAGGUUCCGGACUGUGAUGUUCUGUUGGAGCCCACACUGCUGGGACGCCUGAAGGGGGAGGGCUGCACCUUUUCCCUUUUGAAAAACUGGAGUCUGCAACUG